AUGACCGGUUUAAAUAUUGUGGCAAACUUUAACGCCACGGGCUGGGGUCCCGACGAGGGAGAUGCGAAGACCGUGGAGACUUGCCUCGGCGGACUCAACAAACUCCCGCUGGAACCAAAUUUGAAGCUGGACCGCCAGGUCCGCAUCUGCGAUUUCACCUUCUUCACGUAUCAAAAGUCUAUCCGCGAUGCGGGGAGGUUCGGCCGCCAGCAGCCGCCAGUGGUUCUGGAUGAGGAGAUGCAGUUCCAGACGGUCGACGGCCGCUCUCUGGUCAAGACAAAGACCAUGCAACACUACCGCCGCAAGGUGGUGCCGAAGCAGACCACUCAGGCUUUCAACCAGAAGCAGAUGGAAGAGGAGGCCAUGAUUAUGUCGGCCAAGCAGAAACACCCCGACGUACGCAAACAGCGUAUGAUGCACCAGCGCACCAAUCGCUCGAACGCCCGCCACCACACCUUCAACGAGUGGAGUAUCGAGCCACUUCCCAGCUGGCAGUUGCUUACGGAGAUUCCGUUCAACCAGCUUUCGAAGUUGGACCUCCAAGGAGCGCCGGUCGUUGGUACCGACGUCAUGUGGCGUGGCAAGUUGGGUGCCUACGACAAACGUAUGGACCACAUAUCGGCCAAGGCCGAAAUGCUGCUCCAAAUUCCGACCACACAGUGCGAUUACUACUGGACCUCCACCAACGACGACGACUGCAUUGUGGAUUACCUGCUGGCGAACGGCCAAAACGACUCGCAGGCCGACGAGGGUGCGGCGCCGGUUGCAGACAAGAUUAUUCUGGGAGCUACGGAUCAGAUAUUGUCAGUGCUGAUGACGGCAGCUCGCUCCAAGUACAGUUGGCAUCUAAACGUGACCAAGAUCGGCAACCAGAUCAUAGUGGACAAGACCAAUGGUUCCAUUGUUGACAUGCUGACAGUCAACGAGACAUCGCCAGAACCUCCCAUGCCGGACUCCGAGGUGAAGAUUAACCGCCCUCCAGCACUUGGCCAUGAGGCCGUGAAGGUAAACCAGCGUAUACGCCAGCAAGUGCUUGUGCCGGGUGAGCUAACUGACGAAUUCGAGCAGCCGCCAUUUGUGGAGGAGGGCGACAACCCGUCUACGAUGGCCUACCGCUACAGGACGUUCAACAUCCCAGGAAACAACCACGGUCAGGGCUGGGAGCGCGUACCGAUACACGUGAUCACGCGUGGUGAAAUCCAUGCGCGUGUUCGGGGCAUACCCAACGCCGGCUACACCUACAUUUGCGCUCUGAAUGAGGUGCCGCACAAGACCCACAAAUCGUGGCGUACGCAGAUCGAGACUCAGAAGGGUGCGCUGCUUGCCAACGAGAUGCGCAACAACACGGCGAAGAUGCAGCGGUUCGCUGCUUGUGCCAUGAUCAGCGGAUGCGACACCUUGAAGCUCGCUUACGUUUCGCGCCGUACGCCCAGUGAUGCGGAGCAUCACUCUAUCCUCGGUAUUCACACCUACACAACGGAGAACUUGGCCGUUCAGAUGGGUCUGAACAUGCGCAACGCGUGGGCUGUGGUCCGCCUCAUCUGUGCCAUGAUCGCGGCCAAGCCGGACGGUCAGUACACGCUGGUCAAGGAUCCGCUGAAGCCUAACAUUCGCUUGUACGCGGUACCGGAUGAGGAAGAUGGCGAUUUCCAGGCGAAGGAGUGA